CAACUCGAAGGUUGUAAACACACUUAAGAUGUCAACUGUUUGUUCGUGUUUUCACUUAAAUAUAUUCCGUAACUGAUCGCAGGCAGUGAAUGUCACGUGACUUUCAUUUUCCAUCCCAGACUCGGCUGAACAUAUGUAUACACAUUACAACUCGACUAGGGCUACGGUCAGCAUCUUAUGGAAAAUAUGAAGUCGAUUUUGUGCGUUUUUCUUUACUCCUUGGUUCUGAUUUCUGUAACCACCAGUGGACCUCUGCAAUGCCCGAAACCCUGGGUAAAGGUCCAUCGGGCCUGCUACAAGUUCGUGAAGGAAUACCUCACGUGGGACUCCGCAACUGCAAUGUGCCUAGAGGAGGGUGCCAACCUCGCCUCCAUCGGAUCCAUGGCCGAGAAGAUGAAGAUGAUGAAGCACUUGACGAAUAUAAUACGAAAACCAAACCAGGACCGUUGGUGGGUGGGUCUACGUCAUAACCAGAGUCGCGCCGUCUGGCGGUGGUCGGAUGGAGCGGAGCUGAACGGAAGAGUCACGCCUUGGAGUCCGGGUGAGCCCAAUAAUGGACGAGGGGACGAGUUUUGUGCCGAAUUUCAUAUUGGAGGCAGACUCAACGACGUACAAUGCAACACGCAACGGUUUUAUAUCUGUGAAUGGAAUAAAAUUACCCCUCCGCCCACGCCGUCGACUACAUCUGUUCCAUUGACCACCACCCGGAAACAGACGACCACUGCGACCACUUCUGCUACCACUUCCGCUACCACUUCCGCUACCACUAGCGUUACAACUGCCAGGGCUGUAACAAAAACUACAUCUACCGAAAGUCCGAAAACGAAAAUGACAACGAUUAAUAGGCCUACUGAAAGUUCUGAAUUAUUACCAACAUCAGAGACACCAGAUACUGCGGAAACUACUGAUUUAUACGAAAUUCCAGUUUCAAAAACAAAACCAUUUGUCACAGUAACACCGAAAAUGCUGUCUACAGUUUCAAACAUUGCUGAGGACAAUGAAUCAACGGAAAUGUCAAUAUCCAUGUCUACAACCAAGUUGCCCGAUUAUGAAUACCCGAUAAGUAAUGAUAGAAGCACAAAGAUACCAGCACCGAGACAUACCACUCAUUGUCCAAGACGUGUGGCUUAUGGAUUAGUUUGGCCUGAAACCAAACAAGGUGAACGUCGGAAAAUUCCUUGCGAUAAAGGUUCAGGUACGGCCACGUGGCAGUGUGGGCGGAACCCUGUGAGGUGGACAAAGAAACCGGACACACGAGCAUGCGCAUCACAACAGUUCAAAGAUCUGAUGCUUAGGGUUUCAUCCGGAAAGCCGGACAAAUCCCCGAUUGUCACGAAGGAAGCAAUAAAUAUCGCCAGGGACUUGGUGCGGAAAACGGAUGUCUCCAAACCUAUGUCCGUGGCAGAUAUCUCUAUCUCGACGACGAUUCUCAGAAAAGUGACCAAUGUCCAGCCGAAGUCGACAGUCCAAGCGGUUACUUUGGUCAAGGAACUGGUCAAGGCUGGUAGUAAUCUGGUGGCUAACACUGAAAGGUCUGCAGACGUGCGACGGACAGACAAACGUCGAGCGGCCGCCAGCAUCCUGUCCGCAAUGGAGGACAGCACAACAUCAAUGGCGGAAGCGAUUCAAGUCCCAAUCGUCAUCAAAACUUCCAGCGACAAAUUAGAAUUGGAGUUAUACGUCGUCAACACAAGCGACGUGUCGGAGGCCCUGGUCUACGGUGGCGAUGAGGGUAAGGACGGCGUGGAAGACGGCGACAAGGUGUCCAUACCGGCUUCCGUACUACAGCAAAUCAGCACAGAUGGCCUGUCAAAAGUUGUCUUUAUGAAACAUUCCGACAUUGGCGAAUUUCUGGUGGCUGAGAACGAGUCUAGCGUGACCCAACAGAUAGCCAGUAACGUCAUCAGCGUGUCUGUCGGCCACGCCGACACUAGUAAACUUAGCCAGCCUGUCACAUUUUCACUCAAACUGCUACAGCGAAUCGAUGUUGAGUCCGUUCCACUUUGCUCAUUCUGGAAUUUUUCGGAGGGGGAAUCGGGAAGCUGGUCCCAGGCCGGAUGUGACGUAUCAAACAUGACCCCGUAUCGUGUCACAUGUCAGUGUAACCACCUUACAAGCUUCGCCAUUUUGCUGGACGUAUCUGGUGUGGCGAUGUCCAGUCGUCACCACUCCAUCCUGCGGUACAUCACGUAUGCCGGGUGCAUCAUUUCUCUGAUCAGCCUCUUCACGAGCUGGCUUACAUUCAACUGUCUCAGCCCACUGCAGAGUGAGAGGAAUUCCAUCCACAAAAACCUAGUGUUUUGCCUGUUUGCCGCCGAGUUGACCUUCCUUGUUGGUAUUGACCAGACUGAUAAACAGGUGUCCUGUGCAGUUAUCGCCCUUCUGUUGCACUUCUUCUUCCUUUCCGCUUUCACCUGGAUGUUGAUGGAGGCUGUUCAGAUCGUCAUCAUGCUGGUUCAGGUUUUCGACACGGCCAAGUCAAACCUCAAGUACUUCUAUCUUGCAGGAUACGGUAUACCCAUCGUGAUAGUAGCUACUACUGCCGGGAUAGACUUCACAGCCUAUGGCACGCCUCAAUAUUGCUGGCUGACAACGGACCGAUUUUUCAUUUGGAGUUUUGCAGGACCAGUCGCCACGGUCCUUUUGGUGAAUGCUGGAAUUUUGACCUAUGCAAUGAGCACGGUAUGCCGCCAUUCCGAUUACGUAUUUUCCAGAGAAAAGGCAAAUGCUGGAAAUUUCAAAGCCUGGAUCCAGGGAGCAUUCGCUCUUGAAGUUCUUCUUGGUCUGACCUGGGUGUUUGGUUAUUUCUUCCUUAAUGAGGAGACUGUCACCAUGGCUUACAUAUUUACAGUGCUAAACAGUCUCCAAGGACUUUUCAUCUUCAUUUUCCACUGUCUACUCAAUAAAAAGGUUCGAAAUGAAUAUAAAAAAUUAGUGCAUAUCAGCAAGAAGGCGCCCAUGCUCUCCUCGACAAAGUCGGCAUCACUGCGCAAGAACGAUGGAUCAUAUGCACUUUGAUAUAAUCCGUUAGCAUUCUACUUCUGCUCAAAGCUUGCAAUGAUAACCGGUUACAUGCAUUGUAUUGUAUUCAUGAUACUUCUCCAUACAAUCUACACCCUGACAAUUGACAAGGAGGCGUGUGUAGAGACAGACAAUUCCUGGAUAAAACCGGUUAACUCAAAGGUUAUUGGAACAAAGCGAAUUAUGGGUUUUCCAGUCACUUCAACUUACUUCUGUUCGAUAGCGUUUAUAUCUGCAUUAUGCAGAUGUGAUAUAACGUGAGCGUUGCGAAGAUGUUAAACGACAGAGAGCUCUACCUGAGUAUUGGUGCAUUGUUGGCCUGUUCAUUGAGCAAUAUGCUGUGGCUGUAUUCCAUAAAAAGGGUGAUUACGUAUUGCUUGCGUGUUAUGGCUAUUGUUUCUCUUUCAUAAGUGGAAUGGUUCCAGCACUGAUGCAUGACAUUAUGCUGAUACAAGAUAUAUAUAUAUAUAUAUAUUUAUAUAUCAAUACUAGUUUUUUUUUUUAUAUCAGAGUGUUAGAUAAAUAGGUGUCAAAAUGGAUGCCAUGUUUCACUGUUUGUCUCUUUCCGAUUCUUAACUCCUGUUAUAGAAAUAAUACACCAUUAGGUGUGACGAAAAAUGAUUUUGCUUAGUUUUCAGUUAGUUGUCAUUCAGAAAAUAAUCCUUUAUAACAUAUAUGUUUGAAAUAUAUAUGGGUUUUUUUUAUCUAGGAAAGUUCUCGGGUUUUAUGGACAGCAUAAGCUAUCCCGUAGACAUCAGAUACAGGAUGUAAAAACCAAUCAUUGAUCGGUACUGGAAUAAGAACCAUUUCCUAUACAUAUUUUGUUCAAUAUCACAAUAUUGGUAUAAUACAUUUCACUGAUAAAGAAGUACAUUAUUACAUCUUUUGCAUGCAGGCUUCAAAUUUGUUGAAAUUGUAAGGACAAUAUACGGAUACACUGUUGUAUACUGGUGACGAUGACGAUGACCAUCAAUACCUAUUAAAGAAAGAGAUAUAACAUUUGCUUGAUGUUUCACUUUCAUAUUUAAAUAUAUCGAUGUUUUGCCUGAAAUCAGGCUAAUUUGGGAACAACUUUAUCAUUUUAUUUAUCAAGAACAUGAAACAGAAGAAGAUUGCCUUGGUUUUACGCUACCUAGCUGUCCAGUCGGAGCAGUGAGGAACCAUUUGCCCCUGCUAAGCGACUUAACAGUUGGUAUGGCAUUAUCUUUUUCAAUGGAAGUGGUCACUCUUUCUUGGAUAACUGAUGACCUACAGAAGGUCCUAUAUGUCGCAAACGAUAUCAUGAUGGGUGUCAUUUGUGGUGCAGGACACGUGUGUUUCCACGAGUAUCUUUUUUGUGGGGGUUAAUGUUUUUCCUGAUGUUUGUUCGUCAGAGUGGCCGCCGUGGCCAAGUGGUUAAGGCGUUUGACAUUCUGCUACCACUAGCCCUCCACCACUGGGUCGUGAGUUCGAAACCUACGUGAGGCAGUCGUCUGGUACUGACCGUAGUUUGGUGGUUUAUCUUCGGGAACACUGGCUUUCCUCCACCAAAACCUGGUGCGUCCUUAAAUGACCAUAGCUGGAAAAAGGCAGUAAUACACACAAAAAGAUGCAUUGCAGUAUUACCAAAUGCGAGUAUUUCCACUUCGCGACUUAUGUAAAUAGGACAUGAAUUUAUAAUAGCUGACAUAUAAGGCAAUAUUCGUUUACGUAGUGGUACUGAAUUUGUAUAGAAUUAUUUUUGUACAGGUUUUAUUUUUAUUUUAAGUGCCAGUUUGAUACCUAUUGUGUUCGUCAUUAUGUGCUGUGGUUAUUUUGUAGCUUUUAUUAGACCAUUGAGUAUUGUUAUACGUUCGUAUCAUAUGUUUAUUUUGUGAUAUCAUCCUCUGUGUUCAUUUUGUUUAUUAUAAUCUUAUAUAUCGAUUGUAUACGAUUUGAUUAUUAAGUAAGGGAUUCAUGGCGUGUGGCUUACUUCUCGGUUCGCUGUAUUUUUAACCCAUUUUAGAAAGUAUUGUUAUAGUAUAUUUUCACUAAAUUGCAUACCUUUCUUUUUCAUAAUCAUUUUUUUUGCUUGCGGCGGUCAAGUUAUCUCGCAUUUAUAAAGGUGUUAUCCUGAGUACUAUGUUCGCCGGUGACGGCAAUGCUGUAAUGGGCGAUUUAUUUUGAUGAAAAAUGUCCAAGCCGUAAAGGUGUGAUUACUAGAAUAAAUCUUGCUUCAAGAUGAUUGAGGAAGCCCCCCCCCCCCCCCCC